AUGGCUCUAGAAAACGAGGAAGUGCAGGUCCUGCCUGUGUGCGGUUUCUGUAUAAAGGCACCUGUCGGCAGUCACCUGACCGCAGACUCACCUGAGGAGCAGCAGAUGGAGUCCAGGCAGCUUUCAGCUGCAGAAGAACGCAGGAAUGAAUUGGAGGAAAGGGGCGUGGCCUGUUCCGUGAUAGUGUGUGACAUCGAACCAAAAGUUCCUGGUGUGAAGGAUAGAAAGAACGACCCCUGGUCAUGUGACAGCUCUGCAUCUUCCUCCGACAGUGAGGACGAUGAUAAAAACAAGAAGAAGAAGAAGAAGAAAAAGCUAAAGAAGAAAAGAAGCAAGAAGUUCAGCUCAUCAUCAUCUUCCUCAUCAUCAUCCUCUUCCUCCUCUUCGUCCUCAGACAGUGACAGCAGUGAGGAUGAAAAGAAGAAAAAGAAGAAAAUGAAAAUCAGCGAAACGGCAGAGCUGGGGAUUCUAGCAGAAACAGGUCUGGAGGGAAACACUGAAUUAACUCCUGCAGGAGAAACUAAAGGAGACGAGGAGAUGAAAAAGAAGAAAGACAAAGAUUCCAGCUCAUCUUCCUCCUCAGACAGCGAGGAUGAUCACAAGAAGAAGAAGAAGAAGAAGAAGAAAAAAAAGAAGACCAAGAAGAAGAAGGAUUCAGGAGGUGAGUCUGAAUCAGACGGAGAGAAAGACAAGAAGGACUCCAGCUCUUCUUCAUCAUCCGACAGCAGCUCCUCAUCCUCCUCAGACUCAGACAGCGACGAUGACAAGAAGAAGAAGAAGAAGAAGAAAGAUUCGUCUUCUUCAUCAUCAAGUAGCUCCUCGUCUUCUUCUGACAGCGAUGAGAAGAAGAAGAAAAAGAAGAAGAAGCAUAAGAAAAAGGACAAGAAAAAGAAGAAAGAUGAGAAGAGUAAAAAGGACUCCGGAAAGUCUUCAGGAUCAGAAAACGAUGAUGGCAAGCAUAAGAAAGCAAAAACCGAUGAUAAGGAUGGAGAAAACACCUCGCUGAAGACUGAAGGAGAGUCAGGGGGUUUCGGCACGACCGAUUACAGUUGUAGAACUGAUGGCUCUCAGAUUUCUUCAUCUCUACUUUACUCCCACCUGCCUUCUGAAACCCUGAGCCGAGCGGAGAGCAGCAGCUCCUCCCGCAGGCCUCUGACCGCCUUAGAGAGCCUGAUGGGUCAUCCUCAGAGAAACACACUGGACAGGGACAGAGUAAUGACCAGCAGAUACACCUCACAUUCCACACCAUAAGAAACACUUACACAAAUGAUUUUUUGGAUUAGAGUGCUGCAGGGAUGACUUACUUUUGUAGGCUGAAACGGGUUCCCUUGACAAAAACGCAAUAGAAAAUAUUGCAGAAAAUAAGCUCUGUGCCCAACUAGAGUUUAUGAUUCUUACAUGAAAACCUUUACAGAUGAACACGUGUUUUAUGAAUUUUAAAGCUUAAUUACAACUAAACGUUGGCUAUAAAUGAACUACAACAUCAACACCGUCACCAUUAAGCUUCUGACAACUCUUUCAGUCUUUAUUUAAAAAUAUUUUCCCUGAAAGUUUGAGUGAGAAUAGUUUGCAAGAGCACGAUUAUAAACUGUAAAGUCGUGAAAGCCUGUUUCAACCACGGAAUAAAAAAAAUAAAGGUAAUUGCAACUUUUUAUCUCACAAUUCUGAGUUU